UAUCUAUCUAUCUAUCUAUCUAUCUAUCUAUCUAUCCAUGGAUAUUUUUAAACUGUUUUGUUAGUUUGAGCGUACAAUACGCGCUUUUUGAGUGUUUCGUUAUGAUUAUGUGAAGAUACAUUGUCAGUAUAAUCCACGCUAAACACUUUUUUUUGUUUAAUAGCAAGUCUUAAAAUUCCAGUUACUAUAACUGAGCGUGUGCCCAGGCUGACAGCCAGCUGGUGGCCUCUUGUCAGUUGAGAAAAGUUUGUUUCUGAGCGCUUCUGAUAUGUUAAUUAGCUCCGCGAGUGUGCGACCCUAUUGGCUCUUCGUCCGAGUCAAUUUUCCGUUUCCAGCGUUACGUCAGGGCGGCUACAAUCCUCUUAAACUCAUCUGCUGUGUGAUCCUAGUAAAACAUCGUCCAACUAGGUACUCAGCGGCAUCAAACGUCCGAGGCUGACUCUCGGCUUUGUUUCUCCCUCCACCCCUCUCCGCUCGCGUAAUGUGUUCCUGAAGAAGGCGUAAAGUGUUAAAUGUUUGAAACAGAAAACGGCCGUGUUUCACAUGCUGAAAGAGGACUCCGCUACUCUUGUGCGCGGCACUGCUGCGUCUGUGCAAUAGACUCUGCAAGGAAAAACUCCUCGCACGUGGCUGCGCAGAAAGGACCCUGCAAAACCGCUUCUUUUUUUUAGUUUCAAGACAAACGCUUAAAAAAUCAAACUGGCUCACGUCCUUCCCAACCAGCCCAGUUUGACAGCUGCUCUUCACCCCGUUUGGAGGACUGUCAGCAGCAAGAGGAUGGCAUCAGAGCUGGCAAUGAGCAACUCCGACCUGCCCACCAGUCCCUUGGCCAUGGAAUAUGUUAAUGACUUCGAUCUGAUGAAGUUUGAAGUGAAAAAGGAGCCGGUGGAGCCCGAUCGCAACAUCAGCCAGUGCAGUCGCCUUAUCGCCGGGGGAUCCUUGUCUUCCACCCCGAUGAGCACGCCUUGCAGCUCGGUGCCCCCUUCCCCAAGCUUCUCGGCGCCAAGUCCGAGCUCGGGGAGCGAGCAGAAGACACACAUAGAGGAUUUCUACUGGAUGUCCGGUUAUCAGCAGCAGCUGAAUCCAGAGGCGCUGGGCUUCAGCCCCGAAGACGCAGUAGAGGCGCUCAUCAACAGCAGUCACCAGCUCCAGUCCUUCGAUGGCUACGCCAGGGGCCAGCAGUUUGCUGGUGCGGCCGGGGCAGGAGGCACCAUGGCCGGUGAAGAGAUGGGCUCCGCGGCGGCCGUAGUGUCAGCCGUGAUCGCUGCGGCAGCCGCCCAGAACGGGGCGCAACACCACCACCACCAUCAUCACCACCACAACGGCAGCCACCACCAGGCGCCGGGCGUCCAGUCCAACGGCACUUCUGGGACGAAUCACCCCCACAUGCGCCUGGAGGAUCGGUUCUCAGACGAGCAGCUGGUGACCAUGUCGGUGCGGGAGCUCAACCGGCAGCUGCGGGGGGUCAGCAAGGAAGAGGUGAUCCGACUGAAGCAGAAGAGGAGGACCCUAAAGAACAGAGGCUACGCUCAGUCCUGCCGGUUCAAGCGGGUCCAGCAGCGGCACGUCCUGGAGGGGGAGAAAACGCAACUCAUGCAGCAGGUUGAGCACCUAAAGCAAGAGAUAUCCAGGCUGGUCCGAGAGCGGGACGCGUACAAGGAAAAGUAUGAGAAGCUCAUCAGCAACGGCUUCAGAGAAAAUGGAUCCAGCAGUGACAACAACCCCUCAUCCCCGGAGUUUUUCAUGUCGUCAAGAAAAUUCCUCCAUCUGUGAUUUCACGCCCCCUUCAUCUUUGUCCUGGGUUCUUUGAGAUAACAUAGUGAUGACAUCCAAGUGGUGGACCAGUUGCACCGAGAGACCUACAAAGCACAACAUUAAUAAUGA